AAAAAAACGGACGAUAACGUAAUUUAGCCCGGAGAUAUUUCCACUAUUAAUUUGGCAUCGAUUAAACACGGAUGAAUCAUAUGUAUUUGUAGCGCAUUCAAAAGAUUUUUUUUUUUUUUUUUUUUUGGCUUGCUGAGGGGAGGGGAGGGGGUUCGAUCACUUCUGCUGGAUCAACCGAGACACAAACACCCCCCCUUCCCUCCUUGUAACAAAACUUGUCCUAAAUACCAAAUGGUAGUUUGAGGAGGCCCCGAUCGAGACAAUGGAGGCAUCAGCCAACGGGUCCAGUUUUGGCAUCGACUCGCUGCUGUCCCACAGGCCUGGAAGUCCGGUUUCCAAAGGGGACAGCCUGGUGGGGGAGUGCCGCUCGCCUCUGGAGUUCAGCCCGAGAUCAGACGUGGAGAGCCGCUGCUCCUCUCCUCCGUCGCCGAGGAGGGAGUGCGUGGACGACGUGGCCCAGAGGCAAGGUCACGGCUUGGGGCUUCCGCAGCACCUCCAGCACGGACAGAUAUCUACGGGGGCGCAGCAGAGGACGGUGACCUCAUCGUUCUUGAUCAGAGACAUUCUUGCGGACUGUAAGCCUCUGGCCGCGUGCGCGCCCUACAGCAGCAAUGGACAGCCGACCCAGGAGGCGGGCAGGCUGGCCUCCAAGAUAGCGGACGACUUUAUGGAGAAAAUCCACAGCAACUCCUCAUCGGACAGUGAAUAUAAAGUGAAAGAGGAGGGCGACAGGGAGAUCUCCAGCAGCAGAGACAGUCCUCAGGUUCGGCUGAAGAAGCCCAGGAAGGCCCGGACGGCCUUCACUGACCACCAGCUGGCGCAGCUGGAGCGCAGCUUCGAGCGCCAGAAGUACCUGAGCGUUCAAGACCGCAUGGAGCUGGCAGCCUCCCUCAACCUCACCGACACACAGGUCAAGACCUGGUAUCAAAACCGGAGGACAAAGUGGAAGCGGCAGACGGCCGUGGGACUGGAGCUCCUGGCUGAAGCUGGGAACUACUCGGCCUUGCAGAGGAUGUUCCCGUCCCCGUACUUCUACCCGCAGAGCCUGAUGUCCAACCUGGACCCGGGCGCGGCUCUCUACCUUUACCGGGGUCCAUCUGCGCCCCCGCCGGCCCUCCAGAGGCCCCUCGUUCCGCGGAUCCUGCUGCACGGCCUGCAGGGGGGCAGCGAGCCUCCUCCUCCGCCUCCUCCUCUGCCCCCCAUGUCCGGUGUGCUGCCACGGCCUCCCCAGCAGCGGUGAGCCGCUCCCUGAAGAUUUUUUUCUUUUCUUUUUUUCUUGCUUUUUCGUUUUUUAAAUCAGUUAUUAUUUUGGGACUCAUAAAAUAGAACUGAUGAAAAACGAAACGAGGGAGACAAAAACUGAUCAGUUAUGACUUUGUGGACUGAACACUGAACUUCAUGUUUGGAAAUGAUUUUUAAAGAGAUAUUAUUUAUUACUUAUUUAUUUUCAGUGUCCGUCAGAGCGCCUGUAAGUUAUGUAUUUAUUUUAUUUCCAUUUUAUUUUUCUGUAACAAAACUCAGUUAUAAACGCCAAUUAGACCAUUAUAAUUAUAAUUAUUAUUACUACAUUAUUAUUAUUAUAAAUACUGUACGAAUAAAAUCCCAAAGGAGCAAUUUGGUUUUUUUCUUUGUAAAUCUGUCAAACUGUCUUAGAAGGUGAUCAGUCAAUAGGCUACAUUGUAAAUAAGAAUAUUUUGCAUUUUAUCGAGAAAAAACAAACAAACAAAAGACUGAUUUUCUUUCGUCUUAUUUGAUCUAUUUGUGUGUCUUUUUCAGACCACGGUGAUCCAGUUUUACAUACUAGGCUAGAUUAGCCAGCAGAUACCAUCCAGGUUAAGAGGUCAAAUUUAAAAAAAUAAAUAAAUAAAGUUAAAAAAAAAAAAAAAAAGGUCUCUGAGGAAGGACAAGACUGCCCGUCUGCACAAACACGAGAGUUACGAAAAGAAAUAAAUCUAUUUAAAGUCUUUUCUUGUUCUUAGUUGAGGUUUUAGCGGAGUAAAAAUGUCAAGUACUUUAUAAAAAGAUAAGAAAAGCGGUUUUAUCCACGCAGAGGAGGCAAUCACAUUUUAUUUCUCCUUUUUUUCGAUUGGACUCAGGUGUUACCUGCCUGUUGAUUUGCUAUAGAUGUAUUUGAGCAAGUUGUGCAUUCUUCUGUUAUUUCAUAUGAAACAGUGGUACUUGUUAUACUCUCUUUUGGUGAAAAUGUAUAUUGCAGAUAUCAAACUUGUGGAGUGGUUUCCUCGUAUAAUUCCUGGAACUUUUUUUUUUAAUUUUUUAAGCCCUCCCUCCCCUAUUUCGUGAAGCUCUUUUUUUUUGGUGAAAUUCACAGCAGCAGAAGGUGAAGAGAGAGGGGGGGAAAUGGGGGUUUGAUGUAAAAGGGAAUUACUUUUAUAAAUGUGGAAAUAAAAUGCUUUCAUUUAA